CGCGGGAGACUUAGAGAGGAAUUGAGGCUGAAGCCGAGGGGCUAGGAGGGUGGAACGGAGAGUGCGUGGCAGGCUGGUGCCCCGAAGCCGGAGGAGUUGGUGCGAAGCCGGGGCGCGGGCAAGGCUGCUGCGCUCGGACUCGGGCUGACUCCCAGACGCACCCCUUUGGAGAAGGGGCCCGAACCUCGCCAUCGCCGGCUCCCGGCAGCGGCCUUCGGGCAGCUGACGCUGGCCGCCUCGCCGGGAGGGAGACGCACGCGGGGCGGUGAUGGUGAAAGGGCCGGCCGGGGCUGGGCGCUGGGCUCCCACUCGCCGGCGCACCGCUGCGACUCGGCCGGGCGUUCCCAGCCAGGGGCCGGUGCAGCGCGGGGCGAACGGGCGGCCGCGGGCGGUGGCGCGACCGCGGGGGCGGUAGGGGAGCCGGCUUCGAGUUACCGGCCUCACCUGGGCACGUCGUCGCCCCCCGGCGCCUCCUGGAGUCCAGGGUCCGUCGAGGCCGCCUGAUCUGCACCUCCAACUCAUCACGUUUGCUAUGUUGCCUUUUGGGGACAAAACAAGAGAAAUGGUCAAUGCAUGGUUUGCUGAGAGAGUUCACACCAUCCCUGUGUGCAAGGAAGGCAUCAGAGGCCACGUGGAGUCUUGCUCUUGCCCCUCGGAGCAGAGUCCCCGUGCAGAGAGCAGUGUCCCUGGAACACCAACCAGGAAGAUCUCUGCCUCCGAAUUUGAUCGACCUCUUAGACCCAUCGUUGUCAAGGAUUCUGAGGGAACUGUGAGCUUCCUCUCUGACUCAGAAAAGAAGGAACAGAUGCCUCUAACCCCGCCACGGUUUGAUAAUGAUGAAGGGGACCAGUGCUCGAGACUCUUGGAAUUAGUGAAAGAUAUUUCUAGCCACUUGGAUGUCACAGCCUUGUGUCACAAAAUUUUCUUGCAUAUCCAUGGCCUCAUCUCCGCUGACCGCUAUUCCCUGUUCCUCGUCUGUGAGGACAGCGCCAACGACAAGUUUCUUAUUAGCCGCCUCUUUGACGUUGCAGAAGGUUCAACACUGGAAGAAGCUUCAAAUAAUUGCAUCCGCUUAGAGUGGAAUAAAGGCAUCGUGGGACACGUGGCAGCUCUUGGUGAACCCUUGAACAUCAAAGAUGCAUAUGAGGAUCCUCGGUUCAAUGCAGAAGUUGACCAAAUUACAGGCUACAAGACACAAAGUAUUCUUUGUAUGCCAAUUAAGAAUCAUAGGGAAGAGGUUGUUGGUGUAGCCCAGGCCAUCAACAAGAAAUCGGGAAAUGGUGGGACAUUCACCGAAAAAGAUGAAAAGGACUUUGCUGCUUACUUGGCAUUUUGUGGAAUUGUUCUUCAUAAUGCUCAACUCUAUGAGACUUCACUGCUGGAGAACAAGAGAAAUCAGGUGCUGCUUGACCUUGCUAGCCUAAUUUUUGAAGAACAACAAUCAUUAGAAGUAAUUCUAAAGAAAAUAGCUGCCACUAUUAUCUCUUUCAUGCAGGUGCAGAAAUGCACCAUUUUCAUAGUGGAUGAAGAUUGCUCCGAUUCUUUUUCUAGUGUGUUUCACAUGGAGUGUGAGGAAGUAGAAAAAUCGUCAGAUACUUUAACAAGGGAACGUGAUGCGAACAGAAUCAAUUACAUGUAUGCUCAGUAUGUCAAAAAUACUAUGGAACCACUUAAUAUCCCAGAUGUCAGUAAAGAUAAAAGAUUUCCCUGGACAAAUGAAAACACAGGAAAUGUAAAACAGCAGUGCAUUAGAAGUUUGCUUUGUACGCCUAUAAAAAAUGGAAAGAAGAAUAAAGUGAUAGGGGUUUGCCAACUUGCUAAUAAGAUGGAGGAGACCACUGGCAAAAUUAAGCCUUUCAACCGAAAUGAUGAACAGUUUCUGGAAGCUUUUGUCAUCUUUUGUGGCUUGGGGAUCCAGAACACACAGAUGUACGAAGCGGUGGAGAGAGCUAUGGCCAAGCAGAUGGUCACGUUAGAGGUUCUGUCAUAUCAUGCUUCAGCCGCAGAGGAAGAAACACGAGAGCUCCAAUCCUUAGCGGCUGCCAUGGUACCAUCUGCCCAGACACUUAAAAUCACCGACUUCAGCUUCAGUGACUUUGAGCUGUCUGACCUGGAAACGGCACUGUGCACAAUCCGGAUGUUCACUGACCUCAACCUUGUGCAGAACUUCCAGAUGAAACAUGAGGUUCUUUGCAGGUGGAUUUUAAGUGUUAAGAAGAACUAUCGGAAGAAUGUUGCCUAUCAUAAUUGGAGACAUGCCUUUAAUACAGCUCAGUGCAUGUUUGCCGCACUAAAAGCAGGCAAAAUUCAGAACAGGCUGACUGACCUGGAGAUACUCGCACUGCUGAUUGCUGCCUUAAGCCACGAUUUGGAUCACCGCGGUGUGAAUAACUCUUACAUACAGCGAAGUGAACACCCCCUUGCUCAGCUCUACUGCCAUUCAAUCAUGGAGCAUCAUCAUUUUGACCAGUGCCUGAUGAUCCUUAAUAGCCCUGGCAAUCAGAUUCUCAGUGGCCUCUCCAUUGAAGAAUAUAAGACCACGCUGAAAAUAAUCAAGCAAGCUAUUUUAGCUACAGACCUAGCACUGUACAUUAAGAGGAGAGGAGAAUUUUUUGAACUUAUAAGAAAAAAUCAAUUCAACUUGGAAGAUCCUCAUCAAAAGGAAUUGUUUUUAGCGAUGCUGAUGACAGCUUGUGAUCUUUCUGCAAUUACAAAACCCUGGCCUAUCCAACAACGGAUAGCAGAACUUGUUGCCACUGAAUUUUUUGACCAAGGAGACAGAGAGAGAAAAGAACUCAACAUAGAGCCUGCUGACCUAAUGAACAGGGAGAAGAAAAACAAAAUCCCAAGUAUGCAAGUUGGAUUCAUAGAUGCCAUCUGCUUGCAACUGUAUGAGGCCCUGACCCACGUAUCGGAGGACUGUUUCCCUUUGCUGGAUGGCUGCAGAAAGAACAGGCAAAAAUGGCAGGCUCUUGCAGAACAGCAGGAGAAGACAUUGAUUAAUGGGGAAAGCAGCCAGGCCAAGCGGAACUGAGUGGCCUAUUCAUGCAGAGUUGAAGUUUACAGAUGGCGUAUUCUGCAGUAUGCCUAGUUUUGCUAUACACUGUACAGAUUUGGUGUAUACUUUGCCACUGCUGUAUUUUUAUUUUUGCACAACUUUUGACAACACAGCAUGAAAUGUUUUUAGAGGACUAUUGCAUAUUUUCUGUAUAUUUGUUUUAUGCCACUGAACUGAGAUUAUCAAUGACACCUACUCUUAGCACAUGGAUAAGAGCUCUGUUUGUGAUAUUUUGUGUACUGCGAGGUACAAGUUGCAUUCUUGCACUGAGGCUGGUUUUUUUGGGUUUUUUUGUUUUUUCUUGCUGGUGAUUUUAAAUAAUUGGUUUUGUGUUUUCUGAAUUACCAAUCUUUCAAGAAUGUUUGGAAUCGUUUUUCUUAAAAACAGGCUAGGAGCAAAGUGAAUAUAUUCUGUGACAUUUAAAACCUUCAUAGAAUAGAGAAAAAUAUUGGCUGAGUGGAUUUUAAGAGGAAUGGGGUAUAUUUGUCAACACUGUAUUACCUUAACAAAAAAAAGUUAAAACUCUAAACAAAUGGAAAGUACUAUAAGGUAGUACUGUAAAGAAAAGGCAUUAUUUAAUUAUUUUGCUUUUUUUGUUGUUAGAGAACAGGCAGGAGAGAAAUUUCUCAUUUCAAUGCAAUAAAUCUAUCCAAAGGCUACCCGUAAACUCGCUUUGAUCUAACCUACCUGAUGGAAAGCAGGGGAAACCUUGGGAGAAGAUCCAGUCACUGACUUUGAGGGAUGAGUGUGAUGCAGAAACGGAACAGCCAAGGAUGGCUGUCAGUGAAGAGAACGUUCUGCUGGAAGACACUUCUGACAGUCAGUGAGUGUUUUGAAUACCGAACUUCCUUUUUUAAAUAACUUCCUUAUCAUUCACCUUAUAAGCCAUAGCUUGUAAGUCAACACUUUAAAACUCAACAGGAGAGCGAGAAAAAGUAAUCAUGGGAGCAUUAGCCUGAGGUGAGAGAUGACUGUAUAAGAUAAGAGGGUACAAACUGAAUCAUAUUUUUUUCUGUUUGUUAAAUGGAGUACAGAGAAAAGUACAAAGAGCAAAGGGCUAUGCUUGAUAUUAGGGUCAAAAAUUAAAUCGAGGGAACAAUAUGGUAAGAAACCUUAAACUUGAGUAAACCUUAAGCUUGAGUAAACUUAUUGAGUUUGUGACUGAGAAACUGCCAUAUCUUGGUUUACAGGACUAGUCAACCCAGAAUCACAGAAGUUUGGGUAUGCACCCUAAACACUGGCCCUGAGCUUGUAGUUAGUUAGUGGUACCUACUUCUCACAGCUUUUAGUACAUUUAGAAAAUGUUAACAUUUUCUUAGAAUUUGAGCCCAUUUAAUUGUACUCCCACCGUACAUGUGUGCCCCUAAAGACACUUUUAUUACAUAUUGGAGAAGUAGAAAAUGAACUGAGAACCUAGUUCAGGAAAAGAAAAUCUGCUCUAAAUAUGCAAUAAUGUUUGUGGGCAACAGUAGGAAGAGAGGUAUUUGUUUGAUUUGUUCACCCCCCUCCCCACCCCUGAAUAAAGUUUCUAAGUUUCUAUAACUAGUUUGUAUAGAAAAGCUCUUGGGGAUAUGAUAAUGCAGCAUUCUCAAAGACUUUUCAUUAAAACAUGUUUUCCAUUCAUAACCAUUUGUUCCCUAAACUACCUAAAAUUCAACAUAUUCGUUAAGUUUUUAAAAUUCUGAGUGUGUAUACGUAUCUUGACAUAAAGUGGCUUUAUUCUUACCCUUCAGGUUUUAAAAAGAAAGCAAAACAAAUUGUAUUGCCAUUACUUUGUAGCGGUAAGGGCUAUGUAUUACUGUUGUGACACCUGUAUUUUCAAGAUGUUAUUCUGUUUUAUGUAAUAUACAUGAGGUCUGUGAGGUUGCCUCUUGGUGGCACUGGUGUGUAACUUACAAAGACUGUCACUAAAAUAAUGUAUCUACA